AGACUAUGGGGUUUGCUGAUAAAAAAAAGAAAAAGGCUUUGGAUUUUUCAAAGUCAAACAAAAAAAAGUAGUCGUGGAAUACAAAAAGGAUAGAAGAGUGCUGAGUUGGAAGGGUAAUUUACUCCAAUCCUCAAUUACGAGCUUGAAUCUCUUCUUUGUAUUAUAUAAAUAGAAAGAGCACCCUCGUUAAUUUCUGUGCUUCGGACUCGACUUGCAUUUCCUCUCGGGUUCUCUCUCACUCUCUCUCCCCCUCUCUCUCUAUAUAUCUAUCUGUGGUGUUGUCUUUGUCGUGUAUCCUUGCAAUCUUGCACCGGCCAUGGGAACCCAAGCUCCAACUAACGACAACAAUUACAACCGUGCAGAGAUUGAUGAAAAAUUAGCAAAGCAGAAGAAAAUCGACGAGUGGCUUCCGAUCACUGGUUCAAGGAAUGCAAAAUGGUGGUACUCAGCCUUCCACAAUGUCACUGCCAUGGUUGGAGCUGGUGUUCUCAGUCUCCCUUACGCCAUGUCCAAUCUUGGAUGGGGUCCUGGUGUGGUAAUUCUAGUGCUGUCAUGGAUCAUCACACUGUACACACUGUGGCAAAUGGUUGAAAUGCAUGAAAUGGUUCCAGGCAAACGGUUUGAUCGAUACCACGAGCUCGGGCAGUAUGCAUUUGGUGAAAAGCUUGGCCUUUACAUUGUUGUGCCUCAACAGCUCAUCGUCGAGGUCGGUGUCGACAUUGUAUACAUGGUUACCGGAGGAAAAUCGCUGCAGAAGGUCCACAAGUCUCUGUGCUCAGACUGUAAAAAUAUCAAGUUAACUUACUUCAUCAUGAUCUUUGCAUCUGUUCACUUUGUCCUCUCCCACCUUCCCAACUUCAACUCCAUCUCCGGUGUGUCUUUGGCUGCUGCAGUUAUGUCCUUGAGUUACUCUACCAUCGCUUGGGCAGCCUCUGUGGACAAGGGUGUGGUAGAAAAUGUUUCAUAUGAUUACCGAUCUAAGACUACAUCAGGCAAUGUGCUCAACUUCUUCACUGCCUUGGGUGACGUGGCUUUUGCCUAUGCUGGUCACAAUGUUGUUCUUGAAAUCCAAGCAACAAUUCCAUCUACACCUGAGAAGCCAUCCAAGGGACCCAUGUGGAGAGGAGUCAUCGUCGCCUACAUCGUAGUCGCCUUGUGCUACUUCCCAGUUGCUCUGGUCGGAUACUACAUUUUUGGCAAAUCAGUCGAUGAUAACAUCCUCCUGUCACUCGAAAAACCUAACUGGCUCAUUGCAAUGGCCAACAUGUUUGUUGUCAUCCAUGUCAUCGGAAGCUAUCAGAUUUACGCAAUGCCGGUGUUUGACAUGAUCGAAACUGUACUGGUAAAGAAGUUGAAUUUCAAACCUACUAGAACGCUUCGCUUCAUUACGCGUAAUAUAUAUGUCGCAUUCACCAUGUUCGUCGGCAUUACCUUCCCUUUCUUCAGUGGUCUCCUUGGAUUCUUUGGAGGAUUUGCUUUCGCCCCAACAACUUAUUUUCUCCCUUGCAUAAUGUGGCUUGCCAUCUACAAGCCAAGGAGGUUCAGCUUGUCUUGGUGGUGCAACUAUAUCUGCAUCUUUCUUGGUGUUCUUUUGAUGAUUCUAGCACCUAUCGGAGGAUUGAGAACGAUCAUCAUUCAAGCCAAGACCUACAAAUUUUACAAUUAAGUCCUUCGCCACCCUUUCCGAAAAAGGAUACUAGGUUGCUGCAAGAUGCAUCUCAGAAACGCAAAAAAGAAAAUGAAGCUGUUGAUGAUGAUGAUGGAGAGUUAAUUUAAUUAGGACUAUGUGCCUCGAGGGUCCUGCAGUAAUCGAAGAUCUGAAAUAAAUUGGAAACACAGAUUGGUUUCAUGGGGAAGAAUUGAAACCAUAUCACCAAUUGAAGGAACUUCAAAGGAUCCUUCUUUUGUUUCAUUUUCUCAGUUUGUGGUUGUGGAUAUAUGCAUGUAUUUAUAUGUAUCAUCUCAAUUUCUUUUCUUUUGUGUUUGUUUUUCUGCAUUUUUAAUUGAUCUCUCUAGAAAAGAUUGAUCAAAUCCUAAAAUACAUGAGAACAAAUCUAGUCUUCUGUGUAAUCAAUACUCUUGAUAGGGCUUAGGAAAAGAGUAUUUGGAACAACAUUUUCGCUUUAUGUAGCUUGGUGUUGACAGUCUCUUUGGUGUGCAACAUUUUCUCAUAUAUUUAUCAAUGACGGUUUGAAAUCUUUAA